UAUACAUAGUCAUAAAUAUAUUAUAGUAUUAAAUUAUAUAUACAAUCUAUACACAUAUAUGAUACACAUGAUCGUGAUUUAGACACAAAUACAAACUCGCCACAUUAAAAAAUCGAAUUGAAAGUGAUUUAGCACUAUGUCGGACCCUUUCGCCCAAUUCAAUCCCUUGCCUCAGAAGCAAACGACAUCAGAAACAGUUCCACAACAGCAGUCGCAGCAACAGUCGCAACCCACACCUAUGCAGGGUCAUAGUUCUGCGCAGAAUAUUACGAUGCACGGAAACUCGUUUCAGCAGACAAAUGCACUUCCUCAGUUUAAUUCAUAUCAGCAAGGACUGCCUGUAAUAGGUGACACAAGUGGACCAGGAUCGCAACAAUCAAUGAAUCCGAAUUUGGGCGUUUACACCCCACAACAGGUUAUGUACAAUGCUCAGCCGCCGCAAAUGGGUGGACUGAUGCCUGUGCAGCCCAUGAGUCGACCCCGUUUCAAUACAUAUAGUGUUGCACCCGGCACGCAGCAGGGGCCUCCGACAAUUUCAUUCCAAAAUAUGUCGUUAACACCUCAAAUGAAUCAGCAGCAGCCGAAUUAUGACGAACCGCAGGUAUCUCAACCGAUGAGGUUCAGAUCGCAUGCUGUGAGUGUCAGCGACACGAAUGAUGAAAACUCUGUGAGCGCACCUUUUACAUUCGCCCAGCCUGUGGUGGAAACAAAGGAUAGUUUAGAUCCUUUCGAUAUGUUUGAUCCUGUACCUCGUGCGCGUGGUAAAACUGUCGGGGCGAGCUCGGCUUAUGUUCCACCGGAACACUCGUUCGGUCAACCGCAGCAGAACAAUCAGGGAAAGCCUCAAUCCGGUACAGUAGAUCCUUUCGAUCUGUUUUUGGCUGUGAAUGCCGAGUCUCGGUCGCAGACCAAAGAUGUACCACUGGAGUCUAACGCCAAGGACGUUGCCUUAGAGGUGAAGCCGGAUAUCAAGGUCGAAUCUGAACCCGACAACAAUGACAAGAGUGAGAAGUCAGAAUUAAAGGAAGCUACUAACACAGAGGAAACUAAAGGCGAGAUGGAUGUGAAGGUGCUGAGGAAAAAACUUUUCUUCUACCCGGGUCAUAGAGGAUAUAUCGUUGAGGGCAUCAAACACAGGAGGGCGCUGGGAGGCAAGUAUUCGGUAAAGCCUCUGCGCGCGGCCGCAAUUAAAAUAAGUGCUGAUAAAGAUGGUGUUAUCAUCAUGUCGCAGGAGGGAAAAAGCAUCCUACACCGCUUCGCGUGGGAAAAAAUCAAAGAGUUGCAUCACGUACACACAGAUAAGAUCGAUACUCCGCUCAACAAGCGAACGCGUAAAAACUUCAUCGCAUUGCAAUUGAUAGACGGAUCCGUCUUUGUGAUAAAUUCCAAGCAGACACCCGAGAUUCGCGCUUUGUUCGACGAGGCCAACCCUAAAAUGCCGAAAGAUAAGGCGACAUAGUGUUAGUGUAGUGUUCGUCGUGCAGUGCGUUUUUAGCACUCGAGUCAAUGGUUAUGUCGAGUGAGACCAAAUACCAUCAGAGUGUGCUAUCAGUGUGUGUACUCUUUUUGUAGUGGUAAUAAAUAAUACGGAUGAUGUUACAUAAAUAUUUUAC